AUGAAGUUCGUUUUCAAGAUACUAGCUAAAUACGUAAGAAAGAUAAAUGCAAGAUAAUUCAAAAUGAAACUUAUAAAUUUAAUUCCAAACAUCAUUUUUGAUCCUAAAUUAGUAUACAGAAGAAAGACAUAUGAGAUUUUCACCAAGAUUUCCAAUUCAUAAAUAUAUUAUAUGAAUUUUAGAAAGCAUCAGGAAUAGCAAGUAGCAUAUCUUUGA